AUGGCAUCUCAGUCAACUGAAUGGACUAAACCGAUAUCAAUUCUUUCCAAACUGAAAAUCAUUCAACUAUCCAACUGUGAAAUUGUUGGCAAACUCCCCAUAAAUGAGUUUCUUAACCUCACUCAACUCUCUUCUCUCGAAAUGGACUACAACUUCCUAACCUCCUCAAUCCCAACACGGCUAGCAAAUAUCACCUCUCUUUCGAUCCUUGAUCUGUCGAGCUCUAACUUACAGGGUUUUCUCCCUUACCUUCCCCAAUUGAGAGAACUUCACAUAAGCAACAACCCUGGCAUCACAAUUGAUCUGAGUUCAAUGUUCAGAGCCCCUUGGGGCAAUCUAGAGAUACUAGAUAUUGGAUUAAAUCAUGUUAAUGAAUCAAUUCCAACUUUCAUUGCCAACAUGUCUUCGUUGUUGUAUUUUUCAGCGGAGAGUUGUUCAAUUCAUGGACCCAUACCUCCUUCCUUAUACAACCUGUCAAAACUAGAAUACUUAAUUCUCAAUUUCAAUUACAUUACAGGCAAUCUUUCUUCAUCAAUCUCCAAUUUACAAACCCUCCAAUACUUGUCUUUAUUCCAAAAUUCUCUACAAGGACACAUCCCAGAUUCAAUAUGUCAAAUCUCCUCCCUACAAUAUCUACAUUUAGCAAGCAAUAAAAUGACAGGGGAAUUACCUGAUUGCAUUCGCCGGCUUACCAACCUCAGUGUUCUUCUGCUUAGUGAAAAUAACUUGACCGAUAACAACCUAUCGGGGACAAUACCAUCUUGGCUGCUCAACCUUCCCAGGCUGGGAUACUUGGACCUUUCUUCCAACAAUCUGCAAGGAGUUAUCCCACCUAAUAUUCGGCUUCAACUAUGUUUUGGACCAACAACACUGAACUUAGCGGGAAACCGCUUGGAAGGGCCUAUUCCUCUCCUUCCAGAAACCAUAGAAGCCGUUGAUUUAUCCAGGAACAAUUUCACAGGUGGUAUACCGACCCAAGUUGGAGGGCUUCAAAAUGUCAAGUACUUAUCUUUUUCAAGUAACCAGCUCUCUGGACCUAUCCCCCUCUCCUUUUGUCAUACAAACAAUGUUCUGAUGCUCGUUGAUCUAUCAAAUAACAGCCUGUCGGGGACAAUCCCUGCAAGUCUAGGCAACUGUACGUCCCUCAUUUCUCUCCGCCUUGCUAGGAACAAUCUCAGGGGAAACAUCCCCAAUGAACUCAAGGCUGCAACUAAUUUGAUAUUUUUACAACUAAAUGGAAAUCAUUUUAGUGGUCCUUUCCCAACUUUCAUUCGAGAGCUUCAAAAUCUGGAAGUCCUGAAUCUGGGAAAUAACAAAUUCGAAGGAAAUAUUCCACGUUUCAUCGGAGAUCUUCAAAAGCUCCGAAUCCUUGUGUUGGAAUUGAACUCGUUCAAUGGGUCAAUCCCAAAAGAGAUCAACAAUCUAUGGGACUUGCAAUUUAUUGGCUUCUCCAACAAUAAACUCUCUGGUGCCAUCCCUGAUAAAUUGCAAUGCUUUAAGAUGCUGACAAGCAGGCCUAGAAGAAACAUUAUAGGCCGCAUCAUCUCAUUUAUGUAUAGUGGUGUUGAUCUAAACAUUGUGAUCAAAGGACUACCAUAUGAACUUGAUGUGAUCUUCACUGACAAUAGUGGGAUAGAUCUUUCGUGCAAUUUGUUGACAGGACUGAUUCCACCUGCAAUAGGCCUUCUUGAAGGUCUGUUUAUGCUGAAUCUUUCACAUAACAGUCUAUAUGGUGAAAUCCCAAUGAGCAUAGGUAAGAUGAGUGAGUUGGAGUCACUUGACCUUAGUUUCAACAAUUUGAGUGGGUCGAUUCCAAUGGCAUUGGCAUCAUUAGACUUUCUAUCAUACUUGAAUCUGUCCUACAACAAUUUGAGUGGUGAAAUUCCAAAAGGGAUGCACUUUGAUACGCUGUUCGGAGAUGGAUCACCAUAUAUUGGGAACAGGUUCUUAUGUGGUGCUCCUGAUGGUCCAAACUGCAGCAGGAAUGGUUCCUCAAGUUCAGAGACCGUUGAUGCUGAUGACGAUGCAAGACAAAAAUGGUUGUUCUAUGCAGUUGUGACUAUUGGCUUUGGGGUUGGACUUUGGGGCUAUUUAGCCAUCAUGUACUUGAUGAAGGAGAAAUGGAAAAAGGUGUAUUGGGAGUUCAUUGAUAGGGUUGUGUUGAGAAUCACCAGAUGCAUUACAAAAAACUGA